GAUGUCAGCGGGGCCGGGCCGCGGCGGGAGCGCGGGCACCGGGACGGGGCUGAGCGGCGGCGGCGGGACCUGACCCCAGCCCGGCCCCGGCAGGCAGUGCCCGCCAGCCGGCAGCCAUGGAGGAGAGCCCGGAGUGGGGCACGCUGAGCCCCGAGGAGUUCGCCCACCUCCAGAAGUACCUGGACUGUGAGUGGGGGGGGACGGGGGCAGGGGGGGCAUGGCGUUGGGUGCAGCACCCCCAUGUGCACACGCGUGUGCACGCACGGGGGCGAUCGUGCGUGCACGUGUUGGGGGCAGCUUUGCACGUGUGGCGGUGGCUUUGCACGCAUGGGAUGGCCGCGUGCGCGUGCACCGGGAUGGGGCUGUGUCCGUGCACGCCCAUGUGUGCACACCCAUGCAUGUGCCUCGUCCGCGUGUGCACGCCCCGGAGUGGCCUCGCACGCGCCUCUGCCCCCAGACAGCAGCAAGAAGGUGCAGGACGUGCUGCAGGACUUCUACGGUGAUGGGGCCCUGUCCCAGCACCUGCAGGGAGAGUGCGUGGACUUCGAGGGCUUCAGGCUGUUCCUGCAGAGCUACCUGGAGGCGACCGAUGUCCCUGAGGCGCUGUGCCGCCAUCUCUUCAUGUCCUUCCAGAGCACGGCCCCUGGGCAGCCGGGUGAGGGAUGGGGUGGGGACAGGAGGGGACACCGGGGGGGACAGGAGGGGACACCGGGAGGGCCACGGGGCUCAGCGCCGCUCAGCACCAUCUGUCCCAGCAGGCAGUGGCCUCGUUUGCGUUAACGACGUCUCCUGCUACUUCUCGCUGCUGGAGGGCGGGCGCCCCGAGGACAAGCUGGAGUUCACCUUCAAGCUCUAUGACAAGGAUGGGAACGGGCUCCUGGACAGCUCAGAGGUGGAGCGGAUCAUCACCCAGAUGAUGCGGGUGGCCCAGUACCUGGACUGGGACGUCACGGAGCUGAAGCCGAUCCUGCAGGAGAUGAUGCGGGAGAUCGACUACGACGGCAGCGGGACGGUGUCGCUGGCCGAGUGGCUGCGUGGCGGCGUCACCAACAUCCCGCUGCUGGUGCUGCUGGGCCUGGAGGUGCACAUGAAGGAUGACGGGCAGCACAUGUGGCGCCUGAAGCACUUCAACCGCCCCGUGUACUGCAACGUGUGCGAGACGCUGCUGGUCGGGCUGCGCAAGCAGGGGCUGUGCUGCACCUUCUGCAAGUUCACGGUCCACGAGCGCUGCGCCCGCAAGGCGCCCCCCAGCUGCAUCAGCACCUACGCCAAGUCCCGCAAGGAGGCCGGCGUCCAGGCCCACGUCUGGGUGAAGGGCGGCUGCGAGGCCAGCAAGUGCGGCCGGUGCCAGAAGAAGAUCCGGAGCUUCCAGAGCCUGACGGGGCUGCACUGCGUCUGGUGCCACCUCAAGAUCCAUGAGGAGUGCCUGGCCGCCGUGCCCCCCGCCUGCGACUGCGGGCUGCUGCGGGACCACAUCCUGCCCCCCUCCGCCAUCUACCCCGUGGUGUUGGAGCGGCAGAACAGCCAGAAGGACGGGAGCGGGACGCCGGGAGAGGAGGGACCCCAGGUCUUCACCACCCCCGAGGGACAGGCGCUGCGGGUCAGCCCCGUGCCCGACACCCACCCGCUCCUCGUCUUCGUCAACCCCAAGAGCGGAGGGAAGCAGGGGGAGAGGGUGCUCCGUAAGCUCCAGUACCUGCUGAACCCGCGGCAGGUCUACAACCUGCAGCAAGGAGGACCCAACCCCGGCCUCAAUUUCUUCCGGGACGUGCCAGAUUUCCGCAUCCUGGUGUGCGGCGGGGAUGGCACCGUGGGCUGGAUCCUGGAUGCCAUCGACAAGGCCAACCUGCCCCGGCGGCCCCCCGUGGCCGUGCUGCCCCUGGGGACCGGCAACGACCUGGCCCGGUGCCUGCGCUGGGGCGGAGGCUAUGACGGGGAGAACCUGGUGAAGAUCCUGAAGGACAUCGAGGGCAGCAGCGUGGUGCAGAUGGACCGCUGGCACCUGCGGGUGCUGCCCGCCAGCCCCGCCGAGGCGGGCGACCCGGUGCCCUACGAGAUCAUCAACAAUUACUUCUCCAUCGGGGUGGACGCCUCCAUCGCGCACCGCUUCCACAUCAUGCGGGAGAAGUACCCCGAGAAGUUCAACAGCAGGAUGAAGAACAAGCUGUGGUACCUAGAGUUCGCCACCUCUGAGACCCUCUUCGCCACCUGCAAGAAGCUCAAGGAGUGCCUGAGCAUCGAGGUGAGCCCCGGCCCCGUGGCACCGUGGUGUCCCCCGCCGCCCUGCCCUGAUGUCUGUGUCCCCCCCCUCCCCCCCCCAGUGCUGCGGGACCCCCCUGGAGCUGCGGGGAGCGCUGGCGGGGGUGGCGGUGCUCAACAUCCCCAGCAUGCACGGAGGCUCCAACCUCUGGGGCGAGACCAAGCGGCCGCUGGGCGAGGCGAGGCGGGCGCCCGGUGCCGAGCAGCCCCCGGCCAUCACCGACGCCGAGACCCUCAAGACCUGCGUGCAGGACCUGAGCGACCAGCGGCUGGAGGUGGUGGGGCUGGAGGGGGUGCUGGAGAUGGGGCAGAUCUACACCGGGCUGAAGAGCGCGGGCACGCGGCUGGCCAAGUGCUCCGAGAUCACCCUGCGGACGCUGAAGCCCCUCCCCAUGCAGAUCGAUGGAGAGCCCUGGAUGCAGCCACCCUGCACCAUCAAGAUCACCCACAAGAACCAGGCGCCGAUGCUGAUGGCCCCCCCACCGCGCUCCUCCAGCUUCUUCGGCCUCAAGAAGGGCCCCGUGGAGGCCUGAGGGGGCCGGAGCCCCCCCCUCCACCUCCUGCGCUGUGCCCCAGGCAGGGGCCAUGGACCAAAGGCCUGACCAGGGGCAGGCACCACGCUGCCCCCCCCCCCCCAUAUUGCACCCACGGGGUGCUCUGGGGUGGGGGCAGCUGGACGGACCCCCCAGGGGCAGUGGGAGGGGGGCUGCACCAUGCCCCCCCCCCAACAUCCCUGUGCACCGCCCCAGCUGGAGCCCCCACCCUGCUGGGCUCCCCCCUGUGCCCUAUUUAUUACCCCCCCCCCCGCAUUUCAAGUGCCUCUUGCAGUAAUAAAGCCGGCAGCGAGACGGGUGCUGGGCUAUGCCUCUCCUGGGGGGCUCAGCCCUGGCUCCCCCGCCCCCCCCAUGCAACCAGACAAAGCAGGGGCUGAGCU